GGUGAGCAGUGUGAGCUGCGGCUAGCGGCGAGCGCGCGGAGAAGGAUACCGAUGGAGGAUCUGUACAGCAUCCACCCGGGGAUCUCGCGCGGCGGCGGGGGCGCUGCGGCCUGCAGCGAGGCGUCCGGGGUCGCCGGCUCUCCGCCGACGCCUCCGCCGGCGGCAGCCCACCCGUCGACGCCGGAUCUGACGGAGCUUAUGAAGGCGCAGAUCGCUGGGCACCCCCGCUACCCCUCCCUCCUCUCCGCCUACAUCGAAUGCCGUAAGGUGGGUGCGCCGCCGGAGGUGGCCGCGCUGCUCGAGGAGAUCGGUCGGCCGGAGAGGCGCAGUGGGGGCGCCGCGCCCGGGGAGAUAGGCCUCGACCCCGAGCUCGACGAGUUCAUGGAUGCCUACUGCCGGCUGCUGUCGCGGUACAAGGAGGAGCUCUCCCGGCCGUUCGACGACGCCGCCUCCUUCCUCACCACCAUCCGGUCGCAGCUCACCACCCUCUGCGGCGGCGGCGCUACCGCCACCUCGCCGCACUCCGAUGAAAUGGUGGGGUCGUCGGAGGACGAACUGUGCUCAGGAGACGCCGACGUAUCUGAAGCGGGAAUGCAUGAGCACAGCUCCCGGCUGGCCGACCAUGAGCUCAAGGAGAUGCUGCUCAAGAAGUACAGUGGCUGCCUCAGCCGUCUCCGGUCCGAGUUCCUGAAGAAGAGGAAGAAAGGGAAACUACCCAAGGACGCGCGGCUGGCUCUAAUGGACUGGUGGAACACACACUACCGCUGGCCUUACCCGACGGAGGAGGACAAGGUGAGGCUGGCAGCGAUGACGGGGCUCGACCCGAAGCAGAUCAACAACUGGUUCAUCAACCAGAGGAAGAGGCACUGGAAGCCAUCGGAGGACAUGCGGUUCGCUCUCAUGGAGGGCGUCACCGGAGGAGGAGGGUCCUCCUCCGGCACGACGUUGUACUUCGACACAGGCACGAUCGGGCCAUGA